AUGGCCAAGAAAAUGUAUGAGAUAUUUGAAUCAUCUGGAAAUUUGACGUCCAGUUGGGAUCUGGAAUCAAUGCACAUACGAUGCUUUUGCCAUAAGCUUGCUUUAAUCGUGAAUGCAGGCCUACAGGCUUUGGCUCUCAAGAUGUUGCCUCCCGGUAAAACCAAACAUUCAGUGUUGGGUUUUUUUCCAUUUCUGGGAAAGUUGGCUGAAUUGCCUGAAGAAGACAAAAACCACGAUCUAGGAAUUGAUGUGCAGGAGAUCACUGUUGCCAGCCAGCCUGAAGAAAAUCCUGAUGAAAUCAAAGACAAACAAGAAAGUGAUUAUGGUAACGCAGAUGAUGAAGAAUCUAGUGAAGGGACCGAAUCGGAUGACAAUCCAGAUGCUGAGCCUAGAAAUGGUCAAAAGUCCGGUGUAAGACUCAAAAAGUGGUUGUAA